AUGGCGGAAGCUAACAAAGCGACUCGGGGUGCACGCCCUGUUCUUGGUGGCAUGCGCGCCAGCUCUUACCUUCAAGAGCACCAGCAAUACCGACCCCCACAACCCGAUGGACACGAGGGCAUCGAUAGCAUCGUCGAGCGGACGCAGAGCGCAACCAUCGCUACCACCCCCCCAAAGGCAAUCUCCAGGUACAAUGGCGUGCCAUCACCCUCUUCUCCGCCCAAGAUUGUUGACAGCGGUCUCAAUCACACCUUGUCGCACUCCAACUGCCAGCCUGCUCCAGGUACCAGCUCGGAUCGUUUGAUCGCAACCAUUCUCUACAAGUCGAAAUCUCCCCGAGCCGCCAUUACCGACUACCCGGUCGAUCGCAAUCCCUCUCCCACGAGAAGCCCAACAAAGGCCUCUCCCUCAAUCCCACCAAACAUGGCACCAACCCGAACCCUUUCGCAAUUUCCCCUGGAGCCACCUCCACCAGAUCCAGAGCCACUUGACCAUCUCUAUGGGAGCUAUAUCUCUCCUCUCUGUCUCACCAGCUUCCUUCACCUCGUCUCUUCGCUUCCUCAUAAACAAGGGUCCCAAACUUUGACCUCCUCCCAUCGAUGUCUCGAUAACCCAACACAUCCCGCAGUCGUUGAAUUGACCUUCUCCCCCACUCCUGAUCCCGAUUACCUUACUCUUUCUGAUUUGCGCAAGCACGAACUUCUCUAUCGCUUUGAGCGUGAAUGGAAUGUUGACGUUAUCCUUCAGCCUGAUACGAUCCUCCGAAAAUACCCACGGCUCGUGGUAUUCGACAUGGACUCGACCCUCAUCGAAGAAGAAGUCAUAGAUUUGAUUGCUGCAAGCAUUGGAGUGGAGGCUGAAGUUUCCGCGAUCACAGCCAGGGCCAUGAAUGGAGAAUUGGACUUUUCUUCGUCUUUCCGGGAACGUUGCAAGUUGUUGAAGGGCGUGGACGCGGACAUUUUUACCAAGCUUCGAGAUGUGGUAACACCUACAAAGGGCGCAAGGGAACUCGUAAAGGCUUUGAAGAAAAUGGGAGUUAAGAGUGCUGUUUUGUCUGGAGGAUUUAUUCCACUUACCUCUUGGCUCGCGAAAUCUCUUGGAACUGAUUACGCAUAUGCCAACACUCUCGAGAUUGAUACCACUACAAACACUAUUACAGGUGAGGUAGUAGGUGAUAUUGUGAAUGCCGAACGAAAGCGCGAUUUGUUGAUCGAGAUUGCGGCCAAGGAAGGGAUUUCUACAGACCAGGUAUUGGCUGUAGGAGAUGGAGCCAAUGAUUUACUCAUGAUGAAAGCUGCUAGUUUGGGAGUUGCCUGGAAUGCUAAGCCUCUGGUGCAAAUGGAGGCUCAGGCAAGAUUGAACGGGGAUACUCUUUUGGAUCUUUUGCAUAUCUUUGGACUCACUGCCGAGGAAGUGAAUGUUCUUAUUCGAUAG